AAGGAGGGGAGGGAGGACCAGAAGGAGCAGAAAAGGAGAGGAAACAACAACACAACAUGAACUGCUGAAAACAGAAGAUUCCUGCAGAGUGAGGAAGCGCACGGAGCAGAUUUUAGAGCUCAGAGCACAAGUUCAGAACAAUAAAAGUGGACCAGGUAGGCCUGUGACUGCUCCACCUGUGAUCCUUGCUCCAGCAGACUCAGGUGCCAGCAUGGAUGUGGAGGACGAGGCGCUGCCGUUUCAGACCAGCUGGGGUGGUGAGGAGGAGGAUGAGGAGGAAGAAGAAGACGAGGAGGAUGGAGUGACACAUGCUGCGGGACAGAGUUGUCUAUCUGGGGAUGUGGGGGUCUGUGGGGUGUGGAGGCCAGUGGGGUGGCUUUACACACAGCCCUGGGCCAGCGGAGUGGUUUUAGGGGUGGCCUUCCUGCUGCCAUGUGCCCUGUUUGCCUACAUGCUGCUCUACUGCCCUCCUCUGGACAUAGACCUCUCCUACAGUGCCUUUGAGGUUCACAGCCACUUCUCUGCAGAGCGCUUUGAUGCCCUCACCAUUGCUGUUAAGACCCAGAUGGGGUCCUGGGACAGGCGGCGGCGUGACACAGAUGGCACGGACUCCGAGGCGCUGGAAGAGCUUCUGCUGGAGAAGCUGGGUACAAAGGGCAUCUCCCCUCAUUUGAACAGCACUUUAGAAGCAGACGAUGGGGAGAAGAGAGAAGCUGCAGAUAGAGAUGCGAGGACAGAGUCUGAUCUGAGUCAAAGCUCAGACACCAGAUCAGUAGAGGAGAAAUUAUCUAUAAAUUCCUCCUCCUAUCAGAUCAGGAGGCGCAGGUUUGCCUCCAAUUACUACACGCAGAGCCAGGCUCUGUGGAGGAUCGAGCUGGUGUUCGUGGCUCGGGGGCCAGGGGAUCGCAACAUCUUCUCUCCGGAGCGCCUGGAGACGAUUCACGGCGUGGAGCGUCUGCUCAUGCAGCACCCUCAGUUUCAUCAGUUCUGCUGGAAGCCCAUGGAAGUAUUACGGGACCUGCCAUUAGGGCCAACCUACUGCUCCCCACCCAGCUCCCUUCUGUCGUACCUCUACCCCAGUGAAAAAGGGGGAAAGAUCUACUACGACGGCAUGGGGCCAGACUUGGCUGAUAUCCAAGGGUCCUUAAGUCUGGCCAUCACCCACCCACAGUUCUACUGGUACGUGGAUGAAAGUCUGUCUCCCGAGCGUCUGUCCUCCUCUCUCCUACGCAGCGAGAUCCACUUCGGCGCUCCUCUGCCAUCCUACUACUCCCUGCAGGACCGAGCAGAUGAGCAGAGGACUCGCUUUAAGAACUUCGUGGUUCAGUAUGCAGACAUGCUGGCCAAGCAGUCCACCAGCCAGGUGAAGGUGCUGUACGGAGGGACGGAGCUGUUUGAUAAUGAAGUCAGACACACCUUUUACAACGACAUGAUGCUGGCCGUCAUCAGUGGAGCCUGCAUCACCGUGCUCGUCUACAUCCUCACCUCGUUCUCUGUCUUUUUGACUUUCUUUGGUCUUGCCGGCAUCGGCCUGAGCUGUUUGAUGGCUCUUUUUUUAUACCACGUGGUCUUUGGGGUGAGGUACCUGGGCAUUCUGAACGGAGUUGCAGCCUUUGUUAUCAUUGGGAUCG